AUGGGCGACCCUGAAAAAGCCUUCUCCGAAAAGGAGCGCAUGUCUGCAGAGAUAAUUAGAGAUGGACCAGCGACUCCCACCCUGCCAGUCCUGCCGACUGUCAAUCCAGAGAUCGAGAAGAGAGAGGUCCCAGCGUCAAACUUACACCCAGCUUUCUACGUAAUAACAUGGAUCACCUUGAGCUCCAGUGUCAUUCUCUUCAACAAAUGGAUCCUGGACACUGCCAAAUUUCAUUAUCGUAUGUUCACCUUCAAACGCUGCCUCUUGCUCAGCUGA